UGACUUGAGUUUGACAUCAUCAGACGAGACGGACGCUUGGUUGGCUGGCGUUCCAUUCCUGUUUGGAGUUGAUUUUUGAUAUUUUCUCUGCAUUUUGCAAAAAAAUGGUCAAUAAAACCGAGCCAAAUGAUCGCGAAGGCAGUGAUAAAAAACGCCGUAAGACAUCCGUAAACGAGUCAUCACCUACAAAGCUCUCGAGGGAGGACUUAUACACGAGCACAAUCGCUUUUGAGGAGCAAGAAGCUGCCAAGCGGCCUCCGGAAACAGAUGCUCAACUGUUUUACGGUACGUGCGGUGAAUUGAGGAAAUUGUUCGAUGAAAUCGCAAGCCUAAAGAAGGAAAACUCCGAAGAAGCCAAAGCAGCCGUUGCGGAGAAACGGAUUGAGGGUUCGCUGGCGUUUGUUGCACUGAAAAAACUAAACCGGUUGGACAAGGUACGAAUUCGUGAUGGGCGGGAAGCACUGCACAAGGAGAAACUUCGUGUCGACAGCAAUCGGCUGCAGCUGCAAAAUCUGCUUUACGAGGCCGACCAUCUGAAAAAGGAAGUACAGCGAUGCUACCUGUUCAAAAGUCAAGACGAGGAGAUUGAACUGGUUCCGGUGGAGGAAUUUUACGAUAAAGCCCCGGACAAUAUUUCACGACCGGAAAAAACCAAGGAAGACGAACAUGCUCGACGCUUGGCCAGGUUGGAGUGGGAGCUGCAACAGCGAAAAGAACUGGACGCACAUUGCAAAGAAUUGCAAGCUUCGAAGGCAAAGAUUGCCGAAGAAAUUGUGUCAAAAACCGAACGGUUGGACUCGUUGGCGCCGCGUUUGAAGGACUUGUUGACAGCGACCCGACCGCUGCAGGAAGCACUUGAUAUGCCAAUUGAGAAGGGAUGGGAGAUCCAGAAAACCGUUCGGCUUCUUGUGCAGCCGCUGUAUAUGUUAUAUGCAAAUGUCACGGCUUACGGAGAAGCAUGUGAUCCGUUAUUGGUUACAUCCGUACAAGGUGAUGAAGAGGAAGCGCGACAAAUAGAAAUCACUGGUAAUAUUGAUUGUGAAUCAGAUGACGAUGCAGAUACCGAACGAGAAACCAGAGGAAGCUACAACCGUCGUAAGUCCAGCAAGCAGCAAGACCCGAUGAGACAGAAACGUAAGGCUAUGGUAAAGCCCCAUCCGUUGAGCGUUACCAUCACUAUCAAAAGCAAGGAGGGGAAAGAAUCGUUGGCUUUGACUUUCCAGUACGUUCCGAAUGUCGGAUUCGUAACGGUGAAAUGUUCUUUGGUCGAUUUUGAAGUAAAUGGAGUAGCAGCAGGGGAUGUUAUGUCGCAGGAAAAUAUUUUGAAUGAACUGUUCCAGGACGACAAUGGCGAAGGCAGUCCGAAUCCGAAAACAAAAUUCCAACUGCAGGACGUGGGAAUUGGUAUGGACAAAUUCAUAUCGAUGAUGAGGGAGAAAGAUCUUGGAAAGCCGUACAAAUGGGCUCAAGAGCUGUGUGGAAUUGAGUUCGUUGACUCGGGGGAGAAGUUCCUCGCGGCCAGUGACAAAUGGCAGAAGUCAAUCCCAACCAUAAUUAAAGCAAUUCGCACCAGAUGGGAAGCUCGUCUCAGAUUGUAUCAACAGGUUCAUGAACUGGAAACCGGUAACGUAGACACGACCAUCAACAUGGAACAUAACAAUCCGGUUCGCAUCUCGAGCACCUUGGUGCAGUGGACAGCAAUUUCCUAUGCCGAAUACGUAUCCUCGCAUGUGACCGGAAAAUUCAUCGAUCAAAGCAAUUCAACCGGAGUUGAUCUCUACUUCCGAGCCAUCAUCACACGUGGAUCAGCAAAACUGGAGUGCUACAUCUGCGUUCCUUGCGAUUUUCCUGAUAAUACGCCGCUGUGGUCACUUUCGUUGAACUGGAAUGGGAAGCAUUCGGCCGCUGAUUGCGCCGCUGUUCGGGACAUGGAAUUUUGGACCAAUAGUCUGCAGGCACCGAAGCACCCGAAAACUAUUCUAUCACUGCAGCUGAAGCGAGCGAUGUCCUGCUUGGAUAUCUAUCUGGAAACCGAAGGACCUUUCUACACACCGCCAGAGUUUACCCAGGACAAAACUUAUCUGAAGCCUUUCCGUGGGCGGGCCCGUUCCCGACCAUUCCGCAUUGCGUCCAAUGGAAGCAGCUCGGUUUUCACGCAAAUUUAAAUGUGUGUUAAUGUGCGAUCGAUACUGAAUAAAACCUUUAUGCAGAAGCUAGAAAAUAAUUACAA